AUGCGACAGGUCGAAUCCUUCGUUCUGUCGAUCAACGAGAACAUCCCGAUCAUCAUUGUCCUAAAUGUCUUGCGUUGUGUUGGUGGAAGGCGCAGCGUCGAGGAGCGAGCAGGAUUCCUGUGCCUGAAGUAUGGCCAGUUUGAUGCUGAGGAUUGCCAGGAGGACAAAGGGCCUAUGCUGCUGGCGCUUUGGUGGACUGAGGCGGGCCUGGCUACAGUCGUUGUCGGUCUGAGAUUUUAUACGCGUUAUCUUAUGCGAGGCAUAGUCAUUGAAGACUGGCUGAUGCUCCUGGCACUUUUAUUAUUCUAUGCAGCUCUAGCUUGCUCCUCAGUCUUGGUCUACUACGGAUUGGGCCGGCACGAGGAGACUCUGACUGCAGGCGAGAUCCUCCAGGUCGCCAAGUGGAAUUGGAUACCGCAGCCUUUCAGCAUCAUGAACCUCGCUGUUGUAAAGCUGUCAAUGUCGUUUCUGCUGCUACGGAUACUAGGGCCUCAGGCCAGAUGGUCCAAGUGGUUUCUCUACGUCAACAUGGUCCUUUUCACUACCACAAUGAUCGUCGCCAGCAUCAUUACCUUUGUCCAAUGCGAUCCACCUCGGGCCCUGUGGGAGCCGGUUCCUGGCGCCAAGUGCUGGGACGCCUCCGUCCAGGCAGGUUACGCUACUUUUGGUGGCGUCUACAGUGCAUUUAUGGAUUUCGCUCUGGCUUUGUUGCCACUUGGUAUCCUUCGUGGACUGACCAUGUCGCUUAAAAGGAAGAUAGCGCUGGCUCUGUUGUUGGGAGCUGGGAUUCUGUCUGGAGUGUUUGGCAUCGUCAAGACUACAUUAUCUAACACCCUGGCCAUUCGAACCGACAUCAGUUGGGAAAUAGUCCCGCUGUACGGCUGGGCGGGUGCCGAGGUGUUUAUCAACAUCGUGUGCGGGAGCGUGCCGAUCUUAAAGCCUCUCUACGACAGGCUCGUCCAUAAGAAGCCACUGCGCACAAGCAGAGCCCAGUACGAACACUACGACACAGAACACUCUGAGAAAUCGAAAUCAGAGUCCAAGGGUAACACCUUUUACGGGCGGCACAAUGACCUUCGUGACAUCUCAGCCGUUGAGCUCAACCAUCCAGGCAGUGGUCUAUCUCAUGACGUGGAGCGGUUCGUGCCGCGUGAAGACUAUACUACCACCGUGCAAUUUAAUGAUGGACAUAUAGAUGACAGGGUUGGCACGGCAUUGUAG